ACAGAAUCGAAUAUUUCCCAAUCUUCUCGCCCACUGCUCCACCCUCCCUGAUCCCUUUUCCUCUUUCUAGGGUUUCAUCUCGCUCCGAUCAUCUGGUGGAGCAUCAAAGCGGAGGAGGAAACCCUAGGUUCUCCUAUAACCCUAGAAUCCUCGUCGGGGGCGGUGGCGGGGGCGGCGGAGGAGAUGGAUCCGGAGCAAACCUUCCUCCGCGUCCACGCGCGGCUCUCCGGCAUGCUCUCGCAGCUCCUCACGCCGAGGAUCCGCCUCGCGCUCGAGUACGCGCACCUCGCCGUCGCUGUGGUCCUCUUCUGCUUGCUCGUCGUCAUGCACACCAACUUCGUGCAGCAGCCCGGCUGUUCAAGCAAGUUCUCAGGAAGUGAAUUUACUGAAGCUCAACUUGUUCAGAUUAAGAUAGUCAGUGGUGGUCUAUGGGAUGCAAGUGCCACUAACCACAACACCGUGGGUUUCCAAAAUCAUGAAAAUCCAACUGAAAACUCCAAACUUUCUGAAGUGAAUGGCGAUGAGUUUGCUGUUCUGGCAACCAAGUUUUGGUCAAAUUGGAUCGGUUCAGGCACUAGGAGGAGUAAAUUAAUAUUUAGAUCUUCAAAAGGCGAUAAAGAUAAAGAAUUUCACGAGCCUCAAUGGGAAUAUGCAGCUGAUACUACUACUACUGCUAUGAAGACUAUGCAAGGUGAAAGGGGUAUGAAAGAAUCAUUCAGAGCAGCAGUUAUCCAUUUCUUUAGUAAAUGGUACAAACAAAUUAUUACCUUCUGCAAGAAUGCAAGGCUUGUUGCGGUUAAUGCUGCCCAAUUGAUGUACAAUUCAAGGUGGAAUGAAUUUCUUGAUAAUUUGAAGAGUCUUCAUAAGCUUCGAAUGGAAUAUCUUAGCUCAUUGAUAGUGAAAUGGCUUGAGAAAAGAAGCAAAGCAUUUGAGCCAACAUAUCUUUACACUGUAGACAAGGGUUAUUUCUUACUUUCUGAAGGAGCUAAGUCGCGACAUGGUAUUCGGACCAUCAACAUUACAAUUUCUGCUCAAAGUUCCUGCUUCGGAAAUAGGUGGCAACAGCUUCUGAUAAACAGUAUUGUUGGUUAUGACACUAUUCUUACAAACAGUUUAUUGAGUUCUCCUGGGAAAGGCUAUCUAUAUAACUUUCAAACGAAGGAAUUUUAUGAUCUCAGUUAUGGACAUGAACCAGCAACAGCUCCAAGAUUCGGAGACUACUUUGUGACCAAAUGUGGUGUGCUUAUCAUGUCACUAUUUGUUUUCUUCACAACCACAAUGUCAGUCUCAUUUACCUUAAGAGAGACACAAUCACGCAUGCUCAAAUUUACAGUGCAGCUUCAACACCAUGCGCGCCACCAGCUUCCCACAUUUCAAUUGAUUUUUGUGCACGUCAUUGAGUCGUUGGUUUUUGUGCCGAUUAUGAUUGGAAUCCUGUUUUUCCUAUUUGAGUUCUAUGACGACCAAUUACUAGCAUUUCUUGUUUUAACUCUUGUAUGGUUGUGCGAACUCUUUACAAUGAUCAGUGUACGGACGAGGAUCUCGAUGCAGUUCUUUCCUCGAUUUUUUUUGCUCUAUUUCCUGGUUUUCCACAUCUACCUAUUUUCUUAUGCUUAUGGGUUCUCAUAUCUGGCUUUCUCCGCAACUGCUGCAUUCAUGCAACACUUGAUACUGUAUUUCUGGAACCGCUUCGAGGUCCCUGCUCUUCAGAGGUUCAUCAGAAGCCGAGGCCAGCUUCACCUUUCGUCAACCAUAUACACCUCAACGCUUCACAUUGCAAGACUAAAUGUGCGGGACAAUCUGGAACAUCCUCCUCAUGAUCUUCCAGACCCUUCAAGAACAACUCAAACUCAACAAGCAGGCCCAAAUCCUAACCGGGAAGAAGUUGCUGACCCGCUCCGAUUUCCGGACCCAGGUGCUCAACAACCGGAGAACAAUGGGCCAGGUGGCCCGUUCGGUUCGCUCUUGCUUUGGCUAUUGGGGGGCGGCGCUUCUGAUGGAUUGGUUUCCUUUUUUUCUAUGUUUAGAGAUGUUCGAGAACAGGGCCAAGUUUUCACAGAUACCCCACAGAAUGAAAAUGAACAAGUGACAUAGCGCAAUUAAAAAGAAAAGGAGAAAACAAAGAAAAAAGUUGGAUGCUUUAAUGGUAAUAUCGAACAACCUAAAGAUAAAGAGGAGUUAUCUACAGCUACUUCGAAGGAUGUGUUUUGUCGCACUACGAUGAAGAUGGAUGCUUAUUGCAGCAGAUGCGGAAUUUGUUUGGAUGUGUAAUAUGCUAUACUAUUUGUUGAUCUUUCGUUUCACUUUUUUGUCAUCUGCAUAUAGGACCAAUUUGUAUCAUUUUGUGAUGUACAUAAACAAAUGGGGUGCAUAAGUAGCAUACACAACUUUCACUGAAAUUGGAAAGAUCUGUUUUGUUAUUUAUUGCGGUUGGAAAAUCAUUAAAUC